ACUGAUAGCUUGAAACGAGAUUAAUCAUCAUUCCAGCUAUUCUUUUUUAUUUAUUAGGUUAAUGCCACUACUACUAUUAUUUUUUCAUAUUAAAAAUACAAUGAACUAUGUAGACAUAAAUUCAAAUGAGAUGCCAAAAAAAAUGUACCCAACCGACAAAGAGCAGACACGGACCACAUUUGAGACGAGAAGUCGGCGGAAACGGCUGGCGCAGGUCGCCGCCACAAUUGCUAGCGUGAUAUUACUCUUGUUGGCAGUUCUCGGUCUGGUAUACGGUAGCUUCUACCUCUACCGUCGAUAUGUGACAGAUGCAAAUGAUAAACGGGAUAAUGAUGAAUAUUUGCGAAAACUCGUUCGUCAAGUCAAUGACUCGCCGGAGACCACGUGGAAAGCCAAAUUCAAUAAGUUUGGUGUCAAAAAUCGAUCUUACGGAUUCAAAUAUACGAGAAAUCAGACGGCGGUCGAGGAAUACGUGGAACAAAUUCGAAAAUUUUUCGAGUCUGAUGCGAUGAAGCGGCAUUUGGAUGAACUUGAGAACUUUAACAGCUCCGAUGUUCCGAAAAACUUCGACGCUCGUCAGAAAUGGCCGAAUUGCCCGUCAAUCUCGAAUGUUCCAAAUCAGGGAGGAUGCGGGAGUUGCUUCGCGGUCGCCGCCGCCGGUGUCGCCUCCGACCGUGCCUGUAUUCACUCGAAUGGAACUUUUAAGUCACUUUUGUCCGAGGAGGAUAUUAUUGGAUGCUGCUCGGUGUGCGGAAAUUGUUACGGCGGAGAUCCACUGAAGGCCUUGACCUAUUGGGUUAAUCAGGGACUUGUUACAGGUGGCCGUGACGGUUGCCGUCCCUACUCGUUUGACCUGUCGUGUGGAGUCCCGUGCUCGCCGGCCACGUUCUUUGAGGCCGAGGAGAAGCGAACAUGUAUGAAGAGGUGUCAGAAUAUCUAUUACCAGCAGAAAUAUGAGGAGGAUAAACAUUUUGCAACCUUUGCCUAUUCAAUGUAUCCCCGCUCAAUGACAGUAUCCCCCGAUGGAAAGGAACGAGUAAAGGUGCCAACAAUCAUCGGUCACUUCAACGAUAAGAAAACCGAGAAGCUGAACGUGACCGAGUACCGUGACAUCAUCAAAAAAGAAAUUCUACUUUAUGGUCCCACCACGAUGGCGUUCCCAGUUCCCGAAGAAUUCCUUCAUUAUUCGAGCGGAGUGUUCCGCCCGUAUCCAACUGAUGGUUUCGACGAUCGAAUUGUGUAUUGGCACGUGGUUCGAUUGAUCGGAUGGGGAGAAUCAGAUGAUGGAACACAUUAUUGGUUGGCUGUUAAUAGUUUUGGUAACCAUUGGGGUGAUAAUGGACUCUUCAAAAUCAACACAGAUGACAUGGAAAAAUAUGGUCUAGAGUAUGAAACAGCAGUCGUCUAAUUAUAAUUCGGCAAAAAUUUUUUGUAAAUAGUUAAAUAUUGUCCACCUAUUUCAUCCCCACCCGAUUGCAUCUCAACUUGUCCCAUUUCCGAGAAAAAUCAAUUAUUUAUUUUUAUUCGGCCAUCAUUUAUUAGCUCCCUCAUUCCAUAGUUUUUUUUUAAUUAGAUUUUUUUUGGAUGCUAAAAUUUGCCAUUCUCAUAGACAUUUUCAAUAUUUGUGUAAAAUAAAUCA